AGAGAAAGGUGUGGUGCUGAAGGGUGCGACUCUGACACACUAUCAUAUUGUCCAGGUGUGUCUGGGCUUUGUAUAAGAGCAGCAAGGCAGUGCCACAAGUACCUGGUGGUGGGUGGGCAUCAACAACAAGACCUGUACGUGAAUAGAUCAUAAAAUGGCACUACUUUUACUACUGACAGCCGUGGCGGCCGUAUCCCACGCCCAGACCGACUGCUCUCGAGGAGCUUGUUACCCACGCAGCAGCGACCUACUCCUGGGCCGAGCCGAUCAGCUCCAUGCCUCAUCAACGUGCGGGCUAACUGGCCCCGAAGUCUUCUGCACACCAUACCAACAGAGAAAGAUGAAGUGCUGCCCGUGUGACUCGAGAAAUCCAAACGGACCACUGGCCCACACUGUCCCGGAGGUCCUCUCCACUGCUGGACCGGAGAGAUGGUGGCAGUCCAAGAAAGAGGUGUCUCCAGUAACAUUUCACUUGGACCUCGACAAUCUAUUCAAGCUUGACAAGCUGGUCCUUGAUUUCAAGGGCCCUCGUCCGAACGCCCUGCUUGUUGAGAAGUCGAUGGAUAAUGGCGGGACGUGGCAGCCUGCCAUCUAUUUUGCUGCAGACUGCCAGCGAUCUUUUCCAGGGGUCCCUACUGCCGCCCCUGUUACUGAGUACCGGGCAUACUGUUAUACUCUGCCCCCUACUGGAGGCAACCCAUACCAAGAUCACAAAAUUGAGUUCAAUCCAUUGCAGCACUAUCCCUAUAUCCCAGAUCCCAGCAGCCCAAAGAUAAAAGAGGUGACGGGCUUGACGGAUCUGAGGGUCACCAUGGCAGAGUUGGGCGAUGUGCCACGUCAACCGGGCAGAGCUCUCAGUAGGUUCUUCGCCUUGAAGGAGAUGAAAGUGAUGGGCAACUGCAUGUGUCACGGACACGCCAGUCACUGUUUGCUGGAAGCCGUCAAUAAGGUGAGCCCGCAGUGCGACUGCCAGCAUAACACUGCCGGCGUCAACUGCGAGCGCUGUGACGAUCUCUACAACGAUCUACCCUGGAGACCAGCGGAGGAGGGCAACCCUCACACCUGCAGACGCUGCGAGUGCAACAACCACGCCCAGCGCUGUCGCUUUGACCCAGCUUUGUAUGAGGCCAGUGGGCGGAGGAGUGGAGGUGUGUGCGAAGGGUGUUUGCACCACACCACGGGAGCAAAGUGUGACCAGUGCGUCCCUGGCUACCAGCCCAAUCCCAACAGCCAGAUGGACCGUCCUGAUGCGUGUAUCCGUUGCGUCUGCAACGCUGAAGGGACGCUGAACGGGGGACGAUGCGAUGACAACACAGGCCUGUGUCAGUGCAAAAGCAAUGUCGAAGGGCCACGCUGUGAUCGGUGCAAAAGAGGUUAUUAUGGCCUUUCUGCAUCCAAUCCUCUGGGUUGCUCAAAGUGUUCCUGUUUUGCAGAGGGCUCACUUUCAGAUAUUUGCGAUCCAGUCACCGGCCAGUGUCCCUGUCGGCCACACUUUCACGGUCUCACGUGCGACGCGUGUGCGAGAGGCUACUGGAAAUCGCCGCAGUUCCAGAGCUGCGAACUUUGCAGGUGUGACCCCACCAAGUCCUUCAGCGAUACUUGUGACCAGUUGACAGGUCAGUGCCAAUGCAGGCCAGGCUUUGCAGGCCGUACAUGUACUGGAUGCCCAGACAACACAUUUGGUGAUCCUCUCAUUGGCUGCAAGCCUUGUCUGUGUGACGCCCAAGGAACCCAAAUUUGUAACAAGCAGACGGGAAGCUGCUUGUGCCGUCCAGGCGUCACGGGCGCUCGAUGCGACUCGUGCAUGAGAGGACACUGUGACAAUUUUCCCAACUGCAAGAUGUGUCCUUCUUGCUUCUUCACCAUGGAUGGGCAGCAAAAAGCCCUCCGUUUAGCAGUGGAAAGCUUCACCUUGAAAGUGCCGCCUCGUCCGGGAGGGUCCGGUGACCUGGGAAGUUUAGAGCCCCGUAUUAGAGUCCUGGGAGCUCGUCUGAACUUCAUUCGGAACUCCGUCGCCCUUCCUCCCAGUUCGGCAAAACAGAUUGAUGAUGCUCUGUCCCAAAUCAACAAAUUAAGGGACCAAGUGGACAAGGUAAAAAAUGACCUCUCUCCUUUGGAAUCAAAACCUGACCCGAGCAAAGAGCUUGACAAACUACAAGGCCUUCUAGACAGCCUGAAUGGGGACUUCAACAUCAAGAAAGAAGCCAUGAAAAACACAAUCACUCCUGGCAAUGCAGGAGAUUUCUCUACCAUCCAAAACGCUUACGACGAUUCGACAGAUGCCGCCAAGAAAGUAGAUGAAAGCAAAACAACUGUGAAGGAAUCGGCUGAUGUCAGAGAAGACACUUUAGAUUUUCAGGAAAAAGAAUAUCCAAACAAUACCAGAAAUCUCAACAAACUCAAUCAGAGCAUGGCGUCUGGCCCGGACCUCACUCCUGUUGCUAAAAAGGUAUGUGGCAGUGUUCGGUCUGAGCCCUGUACCCCGCUCGUGUGUGAGGGUGAAGAUUUGUGUCCACCGGAAGGCGCGUUGCCCUGUGAAAAAGGCUCCUUGUGCGUCGGCGCCCUGCCUUUGGGCAAGAGGGCUGAUGCCGAUGUGAAGGAUGUGAAAGAUCGGCUGGAAAAUCUCAGCAACAAGAUCACAGAAGCUGCAGAGAAGCUCCAAGACACCCAAGAUAACACCAAUGACAUGAGACAGUCAACAGACAAUCUGUCCAAUAAGAUUAGGCAGGCCAGAAACGACCUGGAAGAUGAUUUAAAAGAGGCAAAGGAUGUGGUGAAAGAUAUUAAAGAUCUCCUGUCAGACCCAUCCUCCAACCUGACCCACGUUCAGGACGCGAGUGACUGGAUCCUGAAAACCAAACUGCCUUUGAGCCUGGCUUCUCUCAAGAAAAAGCUGGAUGAACUGAAAAAUCUUGCCGCCAACCUACCAGACAGUACCUCCAUAUUAGACAAGUCAGAGCCACAGUUGGAUGAAGCUAGAAAACUGUUGCAGGAAGCCCAAGAUACCAGGGACACGGCCCAAGGGGUGAAAGAUGAUGUGGACGAGCUGCUGGCAGGCUUUGACUCUGUGGAGGACUCCCUCGCCGACAUGGAGGACAGAUUGCAGAACAGUAUGGAUUCAAUUGACAACUUGAAUCGAACGCUUACCAAGGCCAAAAAUCAACUGAAACCAGCAGAGAAGACGUUGGAUGAUGUGUCAGCGGUGAUUCAGCCGAUCCAGCCUCAACUGGAUGAACUUAAAAAGGUGCUGCAGAAUGCUUCCGAAAUUGCCGAAGAUGCACAGGAAACUGCAGACCGAGCUGGGGAUGAGGCAGAUGCUGCGGAUAAGGAGCUGUUGUCAGUGCAGAAAGAGUUUGAUCGGCUUAAAGAUAAGGUCGCAGCCGGAGGGCUUCCUGGAGAAAAAGGCCCGGGGGCCGAACAGCUUUCAAAGCUAAGGGAAGAUGCUGGCAAUCUGGCCAAUAGCACUGGCGCCAUGUUGGAUGCUCUCGAAGGAAAAGCCGACUCACUGAAGCAAUUGCAGGAUGAGAUUCUUCAAAAGUCCAAAAAGCUUGAGGGACUUGAUGACAAGCUUCAAAAUCUGGUGACACAACUUCAAAAGAAAGCCCACGAUUUGAGUGUUUGCCAGGGCUGACAAGUAGCUUCUUUCACACCAAGCCGCAGGAUAAUCUUUUCCACGAUUUAAGCAAAACUCUUCCUUGACCCUGAAAUAUCAACUCUGAUGGCCGUAGCAACUUAUCAAUGUUAAGAGCCACUUUUGCUUCGCUCUUAGUGAGGAUGUCAAUGCAUUCAUUUGUCAUGAGAAAGGGCAACACAAAACGUAUCUAUCACAUUUGCCUACAGGGUGUCAAAAAGAAUAGAUGUCGCAAAUGCAAUAGGCCAUUCUUGAUCCUGAAAUGUGGAAAAGUGCGAUGGCUUUUGAUUUCACGCAGCAUUUUUGGGUGUGAAUGUGUCAUGUGGUCAUCAUCCAUUGCACAUUCAUAAAGCUCCACAGUAUAGCCCUUUGACUAUGUUGGACAUUUCUUUUAAAGCCUUUUUAACGUAGUUUACCUAGGACAUGUGAUUACUUUAAGGACAAAUGAUGUCACUUUUUUGGGACGCUCUGUACUAUUAUUUAUUGUAUGUUUUGUUAUCGGUGCAGAACUCAUCAUAUUUAAUAAAAGCCUUACUAAUGCUU